CUCUGAGAGUUUGUAAUAAGACACAUUCCUCUUACAAGAGUUCAUGCUACAACCUAGCAAAGAACUUUAAAUUUUUGGAAGAAUACUAUAUUCAUUUUGGCAUUGUGCAGAGGCAAACUCUGUGGCCUCUCUCUCUCCACCUCUCACAAUGAUAGCAAUCUCUGCCAUCAGCAGUGCACUCCUGCUCUCCCUUCUCUGUGAAGCAAGUGCCGCCGUCUUACUCAAUUCCACUGACUCAUCCCCGCCAACCAAUAAUUUCACUGAUAUUGAAGCAGCUCUAAAAGCACAACUAGAUUCUGCGGACAUCCCCAAAGCCAGGCGGAAGCGCUACAUUUCGCAGAAUGACAUGAUCGCCAUUCUUGAUUAUCAUAACCAAGUUCGGGGCAAAGUGUUCCCACCAGCAGCAAACAUGGAAUAUAUGGUCUGGGAUGAAAAUCUUGCAAAAUCUGCAGAGGCUUGGGCAGCUACUUGCAUUUGGGACCAUGGACCUUCUUACUUAUUGAGAUUUUUGGGUCAAAAUCUAUCUGUACGAACUGGAAGAUAUCGCUCUAUUCUCCAGUUGGUCAAGCCAUGGUAUGAUGAAGUGAAAGAUUAUGCUUUUCCAUAUCCCCAGGAUUGCAAUCCCAGAUGUCCUAUGAGAUGUUUUGGCCCCAUGUGCACACAUUAUACACAGAUGGUUUGGGCCACUUCCAAUCGAAUAGGAUGUGCAAUUCAUACUUGUCAAAACAUGAAUGUUUGGGGAGCUGUAUGGCGCAGUGCAGUUUAUUUGGUAUGCAACUAUGCCCCAAAGGGCAACUGGAUUGGAGAAGCACCAUAUAAAGUAGGGGUACCAUGUUCAGCUUGCCCUCCCAGUUACGGGGGGUCUUGUACUGACAAUCUUUGUUUUGCAGGAGUAACGUCAAACUACCUAUACUGGUUUAAAUAAGCUUGUCUUUUCCUCCAGGAAAUAUAAUGGUUUCUGGGAAUCAUAGGCAUAUAUAUAUAUUGAGUUUUGCACAUAUUAUACAUAUUUUAUCAUAAUCCUCUUUUCCUUUUAUUAUUCAUUGUAUAAAUUAGUGUUUGUCUAUAAUGUUUGUUUAAUCCUUGGAGGUAAACAAAGCAUCCAUUUCUGUUUUCUGACCUCUAAGCCUAAAUUAAAAUAUUGUGUAUGUAGUAUUGACACAGUUGAUGCAUCCAAUUCCAAAACUUGUUUUCCAAAGGAAUUAUGUUCUUAAGGAAUACAAUAUAUAUUUGGCCUAUAAUGUAUGUGUGUGUAUAUACACACACAUAGAUGAUAUAACACAUAGAAAGUAACAUGAUUUUGUAGUUAACUUGAGGGAAAUUUUUUAAAAUCCUAUUCUAAAAUGUACGUGAGGUGGUGGGACAUCUUCAGCACCCACUUCUAUAAUGCCCCAAAAGUGAUAAUUUGCAAAAUAACACUCAGUAAUAUCUGGACAUAAUAAUUUAAUUAAGCAACCACAGAUUUCAUUCCGGAGAUAUUUUAUCUUACUUGGGUUCCCCAAAAGAUACUCUUGAUUUAUGUAAGGUUCAAAUCAUGCCUUUUGCUUAAUCUCUUUUAUUGAAUCCUGUGUUGAGUGGUUACGAUGGGCAAGGCACUCUGAUAGUUAUGUUCUGAUCAUGCAAAGAUAAUAUGAUAUGAUUCCUGACUUCAAGAAGCUCACAAAAAUAUUCAAGAAAUAAUGCCACCUAAUUAUAUUGCUGUAAAAUUAUUACUUUUUUAACAGAUUUAUUUUUCAUGUAAUUUUGAGGAAGUGAGUGCAACAACAUUCACAUGUAGUUGGAAUAGGUGAUAGGCCACACUGUGUAAUAUGUAAGGCUUCUGAUUAGCAUGAAAAUGUAGCUAUAGCGUCUGGAAGUAAAUGAGGCAGGGAAAAAUUAACAACUGCCUAGGGAUUCCUGGGUGAGAGUAAAUAGUUGUGAUUUUGGAAGGUAGAAAGCAAGACCUAAGUAAACUGAGAAGGUCCAAGAGAAGUAAGAUUCAGGACACAGGUAUGAAAAGUCACAGAAAUAGGGUUACUGCACACACACACACACACACACACACACACACAAACACACACACACAAACAGGUGGAGAGCUUCUGAAGGGCAUAAACUGAAGGUCUAGUGUAACUUGAAGCCUUUCAGCAGGAGGUGAGGGAUGUCAGAAAUAAACAUUGUAGGUGUCAAGGACACCUCCAGCUCUCCAUUGCUUUGCCCAUCCUUACUUGGUGAGAAUCAAUCUAAUCACCAUGGUCCUUGAGCAUCAUGUGCAAGUUCCCAUGUGCACACCACAGACAGUUAUGAUUUUGUUAAAGGGGCCUCUUCAGAUGACUUUCUAAGGAUUAAUUACUAAAUUUUUUUCCUAUAUCUAAGUAGAAGAAUAAUUUUCAUUUCUCCAUUAAGUUUGGUGGAAAUCAAAGUCACUAUGAAAAUUCCACUCAUGUGACUUUGAAAAUGCUUAUUUCCAAGUCAGGGAAUCACUUUCAGAGAGGAGAAUUCAACACAUGGGUCAAGACACUUAACACAUUACAUUUCAAGUGUGCAUGCAUUUGCGUGCAUGUGUGCGUUUGUGUAUGGUUCAGGUUAUGCAAUGCCUCAACAGAAUCACAGAAUAAGUAAACACGGUUAGUUCCAGAGUACAAAUAACAGAAGAAAACUACUUGUUUAAAAUUCCCUACACAUUUGCAAUUUCUUAGGGUAGAUGCACUGAAAGAUGACAGAUAGUUAAUUAGAUCCAAUGGGGGAAACAUCCACCGUCUGAAGUUCAGGUUUACAUGAUGACAAACAAUUGGCCUGAUUCCUUUUACAAACUGAAUCUGACCAAAUGUUUUCAUAUCAUACUACUUUGCUUUUGUGGGAACAUAUAGAGACUUUAUUAAAACUAAAUAUUUUUGGAGACUAAAAUGAAAAAUAGAAAUAACAGUAAGAAUCAGGCCCCAAAUCAACUUCUAGCUAACAUAUAUAUAGGCAGUUGAAGAGAAACCUCAUUAGUGGGAUAUUCAUUUGAUUUUAUCUAGAAAAUAUUUCCUUCCUUGAGUUUGCUAAACUAGUUCUACAGAAGUAUUAAAAGUACUAUUAAACCAAAAAAGGUUACUAUCAGUUCCAGUUCUGUUGCUGGUUUACUUGUGUAGCUUGGUUUCUCAAGUCUCAAAAAGUAUAAUGAUAUUUUGUCAUGUGAAGGUAAAAUUACCAUAUUAACAGAAAUGCAUGAAUAUUAAAAUUAUCAUUAAUGUUGUGAAAUUUUAUUUGAGAU